GCAAAUUACACCAGCCGAGGCGGGCUUCAUCACGUUUCGCACAACUUAUUUUACUCCAUCUUUUUGCUGGUCUAAAGAUGCGUUAACCUUAAUCAUUGGAAGAUCUAUUCGUUUGUCUUAACGAUAACGUCAUCGUGGGAAUCCUACGCGUUCUGCGAAGCAUCCUGCGGCUUCAUGACGUCUGCGGGAAAAACUUGUAUAAAUAGGUUGGCUUUGUGAGUCCUUCGGCAGUAAACACGAUGGGAUAUAGUGGCGUGGCGGUCGUGCUAGCGCUGGCGAGCUUCGCGUGCGCAGCGCCCUCGGUGCGGGACAACACCCUCGAUGGGGGGGACAGGAUAGUGCUCGUCGCGCCAGUCCUGGCACCCCCAAAGGACUCCAGGACUCAUGCGACGGACCGGUCGAGACAGUUCCCGAUCCUGGUGUUGUUAGCUCCUCAAAACCCAGAAAAAGUGCGACUGGAACCUGAACCCAAAUCCUUGGAUAGGAACCCGAGACCUAUCUACGUCCAGAAAUUGGAAGACCAGCAUUCCGCUAAAGAAGGGCGAAGUAACCGACAGAAGCGACAUCUGUUGUUGAAAAAGAAAAUUUUGGGCGGAGGCAUAGGCGGUGGCGGGAUAGCUUUUGGGGGAGGAUUCGGCGUCAUUGGCGGCGGCUAUGGAGGAGGCUACGAGGGCGGCUAUGGUGGACACGGGGGAGGAUACGGCGGACAUGGGGGAGGUUACGAAAAUUAUGGACAUGGAGAAGGCCUCGGGAAAACUAUCGUCGUCGUUAAAGAAAUAGGCCACAGUAGCCACGGCGGAGGUAACUACGGCGCGGGUGGUGGUUACGGGGGUGGCUACGGGGGAGGAUUCGGAGGAGGAUUCGGAGGUGGAUACGGAGGAGGUGGCGGGGGUGGCUACGGUGGCGGCUAUGGCGGAGGUGGCGGUGGCGGCUAUGGUGGCAGCGGAGGUUAUCAACAGCCCGUUUACCAACAGGGAGGGGGCUGUCACUCCUGCGGAGGCGGCUACGGUGGCAGUCAAGCCACCGCGACUGCUACAGCGACGGCUACAGCGUCAGCCAACUCUGGCUCUUACGGAUAUGGAAAACGCUGAAAUGAAAAAGCAGCGGUACCUGCCGCGUAAGAUGCAUCCAGUGAACUGUGAUUGUGUUGAUAAGACUUUGUGAUAAACUUAUACGAACUCACACAAACUCAUGAUAAAGUAAACCUGGGCUUGACUGAUUUCAUACAAUAUUACAUUCAAUUCUAUUUUUUCAUAGAUCAACAAAAAUUAAAAAUAUAUAUUUUUCUGUAAUUCAUCAUGUUAGUUCAGUGAAAUAUUCUGUCGAUUCUAAUAUGAAAUUGCUUCUGCCUAUUGAGUCAGUAUUUCUGUAUUGUUUUGCUCAAAAUAUUCUUAAGACCUUUAUUUGUAUGGAAAGUCUACAUUGAUAGAGAUUGUAUAAUUUUAGAAUUUUGUAUUUAGAAUUGUUAUGAUUAAUAAAUAUAAACCUUUA